AUGGGACUGCUGGGAGGCUCUGGACCGGUUGUGAACCCUGAGGAUCGCGACAAAUACCUGCUCCAAGCAUCUAAUCAGCCGAUCACAGUGACUGCAGGCCCGUCCUACGACCCUAACACCCAUACUCAAGUAUCCGUUAACAGCUUAGAAGUCCAAAAAGUAGACAACGACCUCGCAACAUCCUACCUCCGCGUCCGGAUAAAAGACUACCACGGCCUCCCCAAAGAUGCACCCAAGAACUGUCCCUACUUCAACCAUCCCUUGCACCCCUCGGAUCGCUACUCAAUCUCAUGGUCCUUCACCCCCAAACGCGACAUCUGCGGUACGGAUCUGAUCAUGGGCUUCGACUUUAGCCACUCCGUGCGUGAUCGUUUGCCGCCCGGCACCAAGACAGCCGUCAAGAUCGCAACGACAGUGCUAGAUCCGGGGCUCUACGCUGACCCCUUCUGCAACGAACCGUACCUCUAUGGACCUAUGCUGAGCAGUUGUUUCACCCUGCGCAUCGGCGGAAAGGUCGACGAACAAAGCGCAGACGAGCAGCUGAAGCUACUAGACGAUAAUGACGGCGUAGUGGAAGAAGGUGCGGUGCUAUCAGGUGCGUCCGUGCGUUCUGAACAGAGCAUUCCGUCGGCUUGGAGAGCGAGGCGAAGAUUCUUUCUUGAUCAGAAGGAGUUGGGAGCGUUCACGUUUGAGAAGGGGAGGCUGUAUCAUGCGGACUUUUUCAAUGCGCACCUUGACUUCUCGAACUUCUCGCUCAGGUUACCGGGCUUCUCGAUUAGUGUGGCGAAGUAUAUGGAUGAGAAGACGCAUCAUCUGAGGUUCGUGUUGAAGAAUCGGGAAAGUGACGAGGUCGUGUUUGUGGUACUCUUUAAGUUGUUGUUCGGGAAGGAGCUCGAGGAGACGCUAAGAAAUGGCGAACAAGAGAACAGUGGGACAGGCAUCAACGAAGGCCAGACGACUGGAAUUGAAACAAGGCAGGAUACGGACAUACAAAUACAGAAGCCCAGACCGAAGAGCACGCAACGAGAUAUUCUAGGUGGCAACCGAGCACCAUCAUUUCAGGAGCCACCAGGUUUCAAGGCACCGAAGUCGUAUACCAGAGACGAUGACAGCAAAUCCACACUCAGUACAGCAGUGAACACUCUUACGCAAUCGAUGUCUGCUGUCUUUGGUGCAAUGGGCUUCGGCAACUCUUCUGAGUCUAAUUCUGGGAGUAGCAGCACACCUCCCAGGAUUCACGCAAAACCUAUGGACAAGCUGGAUGAUGGCGCAUUUGAGGAGCAUGAUCUAGGCCAGUUGGAAUGCGGCUAUGGAUCUGAUCACCGCAGGCCUUCCGACUUACAUUAUUACAUAGUUUGGCGCAUGAAGAUGGAGAUGAGUACAAAAUGGGUGUUGAGUGUCUUUAUGGCUAGUGGGCUUUGUGCUGCUGUGACGACGUUCGCGACGAUCUGGUACAUGUCCGGGAACAUGACAACAACCGUAGUGGAAUUGAGCGCAGCAACCACUAGACCAAAGGUGCCAGGGGAACUGCGGCGGAACGUAGGCGCCACGGUUUGCAGAAAGAUCACGAUCGAGAGCCAGACUGCGAGUAAUUAUUGA